AUGCAAACUUCCAAGAAAUAUGAAGGUUCAGACGAUUCUCAGCAAUUGUACUAUCAGCGUGGGAUGGACUGCCAGAAUCUACCACGGGACCUCCGCUCUUUGGACCAUUACUACGCCGACAGUGGGUCUCAUCUGAGUGGCACACCCCCGCAGGCAUUGCAGGAGCAGUACUGCACGCUAGAGUCCUCCGGAACUGCAGGUUAUUCAGCGUACCACUCACCCUGCACGCAGAGUCUCUCGAGCGGUAGCCCUACACUUCAGCAGGAUUACCAGUCAGACAACACCUACGGAUCGCCCAUAAACAACUCCUGCAUCACCGAGGAUCCAAAUUAUCUGAAGCACAAGAUGAGGGAGUUGGAGAACGCGGUGCUCGGGUCUGAUCUGGACAUUGUUGACAGCUCUGAUAGCGAUUUCCGAGGUCAGCCUUCUACGGACCCUGAAAUCUCAAGGCAGAUUAUGGAGAUUCCCUUUGGAGAUCUAAAUCAGAUGCUCAUAGCUUGUGCGAGGGCUGUUGCAGAUAACAAUGCCCUCAUGGUAGAAUUGAUCACGACAGAGCUGAGGCAGAUGGUUUCUGUUUCGGGGGAUCCGGUUCAGCGGCUGGGGGCUUACUUGUUAGAAGGUCUUGUGGCGAGGCUGGCUUCGACUGGUAGCUGUAUCUACAAAGCUCUGAAGUGCAAAGAACCUGCGAGUUCUGAGCUCCUAUCGUACAUGCACAUCCUUUAUGAGGUUUGCCCAUACUUCAAGUUUGGUUACAUGUCUGCAAAUGGUGCUAUUGCCGAAGCGGUGAAAGGUGAAAACAGGGUUCAUAUCGUUGACUUUCAGAUUGCCAUGGGGACCCAGUGGGUGACUCUGAUCCAAGCUCUGGCAGCGAGGCCCGGCGGGCCGCCUCAUGUGCGUGUCACUGGAAUCGAUGACCCUGUGUCAGCAUAUGCCAGAGGCGGCGGUCUCCAUAUCGUAGGACGCAGGCUGACCAGGCUCGCUGAAUUAUGCAAUGUGCCUUUCGAGUUUCAUGUUGCAGCUUUGAAUGGGUCUGAAGUGGAAGUCGAGCAUCUCGGCAUUCGACCCGGCGAGGCCCUGGCUGUGAACUUUGCGUAUCAGCUGCACCAUCUGCCCGACGAAAGUGUGAGCACGAGGAACCAUCGCGACCGAGUCUUGAGAAUGGUAAAGGGCUUGUCUCCCAAGGUGGUGACUCUCGUGGAGCAGGAAUCCAACACCAACACCUCCCCCUUCCUGCCGCGAUUCGCAGAGACUCUUACCCAUUAUACUGCAGUCUUUGAAUCGAUUGAUGUCCGGCUCCCGAGGGAAAGCAAAGAACGGAUCAGCGUGGAGCAGCACUGCCUAGCCAGAGACAUCGUCAACAUCAUUGCCUGCGAAGGCGCAGAGCGGGUGGAACGGCACGAGCUUCAUGGAAAGUGGAGGUCGCGAUUCACAAUGGCGGGUUUCACUCCUUACCCACUGAGCCCUCUGGUGAAUGCCACCAUCAAGUCUCUUCUGGAGAACUACUGCGAGCACUACAGGCUCGAGGAGAGGGAUGGGGCUCUGUACCUCGGGUGGAAGAACAGAGCCCUGGUCGUCUCCAGCGCCUGGAGAUGA